ACUAUCUGAUGGAGGUAAAAAAACUGUUUUCAAAAGACGCUCGAUUCAAAAGUCAAAUAUAUACUUAUACUAAAUCCGCUUUGUCAUUAUAGCAACAAAAGAUGAGUAAUGAUUAAAUAAAAUGAUAGUCUAUAGCUUGUAAGCUAAAAUCCUAGAUCUUUAUUAUUAAUGUGAAGUUUAAUAGAGAGAGUUUGGUGGAAGAGUGGAGAUGUGUGAAAUAAUCACAUGAUAUUGUAUAUGGAGACAUGCACAUGAAAGGCCCACUUUGUUAGUACAAUAACAAACACAUUUCUUUAAGCCCACUUGAUAUCAAACCCCAGCAUGGAAACAAACAAACACAAAUUUUUAAAUUAAGUAUGGCCUCCACCCACCCCCCCUCCCCCCACCCCCCAACACUAAAAUUGGAGAUGUAGUAGAAGAAGAAAGUGUGAGUUACCAUUACCAUUUAAGAAAAAGUUUUACUGAGAAAGAAGUUGUGUUUUUCUUCAAUGCAAUUGUCUUCUUCACAUCCAACAUCACUAUCUAUAUUUUCUCUCUCUCUUUCCUUUGUGGUCCUUCCCCUUCUUUAAAGCUAGUUCGUUAUCUCUUCUCUUCUUACUCUCUCUUUUUCUAACUACCAUACCACAACUUCCUCUUCUUCUUCCUCCUUCCCAAUUUUCCUUCUUUCUCUUCCUUAUCCAUAUGUGUGAAACAAAUUAAAUAAAAGGAGACGAAAGAUUAACUAGCUAGUGCGAAGCCAAAUUUUGUAACGAAAGAACGAAAAGAGAGACAUUUUUUUUUGUUGUUGUUGAAAUUAAUUAAGGAUGUCAAGCAGAAGGUCAAGGCAAUCAUCAACAGGAUCCUCGAGGAUUUCAGAUGAUCAGAUUAUUGAACUCGUCUCCAAAUUGCAACAACUUCUUCCGGAGAUUAGCAAUCGUCGUUCCAGCAAGGCAUCGGCAACAAAGGUACUUCAAGAAACAUGCAACUACAUAAGAAAUUUGAAUAGACAAGUGGAUGAUCUUAGUGAUCGACUUUCUCAAUUACUCUCAACUAUUGAUGCUGAUAGUCCAGAAGCAGCAAUCAUCAGGAGUUUAUUAAUGUAGUAACUAUAUAUUCCUAUUAAUUAAUUAAAGUAUUUGCAUUUCUUAAGUAUUGGAGCUGUAUUUAUAUAUAAAUAUUUUACUACGAAGUUCUUGUUCUCUUUUUUUGUUGCUCUAGUAGACUAAGCUGGUCACUAGCUAGGCCAAUCAUGAGUUAGAAUUUAAUUAGAACUCGGACAUAUAUUAAUACCGAUUGAGCCAAUGUGAUCCCCCUAGCUAUGGCACACGCUUGUAAUUAUAUUUCCUUUAGUUAUAUUAUAAUUAAUAAGAUGGACUUUUGUGCUUUAUUAAAA